AGUAUGCUUACAAACGCAUAGGACCACAAGCGUAAACAAAUUUAGCGCUAAAUCUGGUGUAAGGUAUGGCUAGAAAGCUGGCGCGGGCCAAGGCGCGACAGUAGAAGGUCUAGGAGGGUGGCGAGCACCAGGCAUGUACUGUGCCUUGCGUUGAGGUAUAAAAAUGUGACCACUGGUCAGAUACCCUAUCAUAAUCUCUGUAAUAACUUGGUAAUAACUGCUGCUGUGCCUGAAGUGCUGGUGCGUUGAAGAGCAUAGUCAGAUACGUCUCCAAACCUUACAUUCAACCUAACUGUGUUCGUUACCGACCGGAUUUAUUACAACGUAGGUUGGAUGUUAACCGGGCUUCACAGACAAGUUUAGAUCAUCUGUAGUUUUAGUAACAAAGCAGUUGAAGAUGGCGAAGCUAGGUAUACCGCUGCUGAUAGUUGCUGUCGUUACGCUGGCGCUAAUGAUCACGGCUCACGUUGUACCGGAGUGGUUUGUCCUGGACGUGAACUUCCCGGAACUCGAUUUCGCCAUGCGGGUGGACACUGGACUGUGGAGACAAUGCCGGAUGAGGAGUGGAAUAAAUGUAACGACUUGUAUAAACUACAUUUCGGACCGUGGAAUCGAAAAAUUGUCAAACACUUUGCGCUCCGCUAUGGCGUUUGGCCUUCUUGCCACGAUCCUUGCUGGCUGGGGCCUUAUCCUGUCCAUCGCAAUGGAGAUGAAAGGCACUCUUCGGACAGCACUGGCACUGGCACUAGGUCCUCGCAUACUCUUUGCUGUGUCGGGACUAUUCAUGAUUGUAUCUGCCAGCACCUUUAUCGGGUUUGUCAAGCAGCAGGAAUUUGACAAACUUCCCUUUACGAAGUACGGUGCGUCCUUCAUCAUCGCUUGGGUGACGGUCGCAACAUCCCUGGCAUCCGCGCUCCUCGCUCAUCUGCACCACUCCAAGCAGCAGGCGCCUGCGGAUGGACUGGCACAACAAAUCUGAACAUAUGAAGUUCAUCCACCGUCCGUAGAGGGCUCAAUUUGCCCAAGGAAAAGAGAGCCAAUUUUCGUCUGAGGGUCGAUUAAGUUCGUGAAACUCAGAGUUACGAAACCACAACUGUUCGUUCUUCUGUCUGUGCAAAUCUGAGCAUGCAGUGCAACUUAUAUUUCGUGCAACCUAUUGGGGACUCCUUGACAUGCUUUCUUGCUAAGCAAGUUAAAUUGACCAACAGAGUGCGUUACGCAGUACUAAGCGACCUCCACAAUAUUCUUGAUUUGUUUAUUCUCCAUCAUAUUACAGAUCAGAUACAUGUACACUCAUCUACAUGUACAUACAGUGAAAAUGACAGUGACACUCACUCCGUACGUACUCUGCGAAUACAUACUAUUUAGUCUGUCUCGACACGAAAGCUUGCCGCCGCAGUACGCUCUUAUUGAUCAAUGCCACAUGAUUUUGGUUGAGAUUGGGAUCACGUUUCAAUUGUACAUUGUAUGCUAUGAGAAUACUGAUUAAACCUUCCUGCCGCACAUGCAUAUUCAUGUUCAUGUACAUGUAUGGGUGCAUUGUAUCGACAGUUAAGUUGGACAGUGCAUAGUGUUAUUGGCUAUACAUGUACUCCCAUUGUAAACUAUCACAGUAUAGGAAGACUAGCGCGUCAUUUCAAGUCUUUUUUAAAUACUUUUAGAAAUGCGAGAUAAUAGUGAUAAUACAAACAUUGUAUCUGCA